GCGCUGUGCUGAAUUCCCGUUGCUGCUGAUCAGCAUCUCCUACACGACACGCUCCUCGACGAUGGCGACUCCCAUUCGCAAGAAACGCAACUUCAAGGCGCUGCAGCUGCCCCCGGGCGCGACGGGGCCGGCGUCACCAAUGACGCCGGACGAGCCUGAGCCCAAACCGACACGUCCCGCACCAGCACCCGCGCCCGCGCCUGCCGUCCAGAACGUGCCCACGGCAACGCGUCCUGCGCCUGCGCCAGCAGGGCGCGGCGGCGGGAAGAAACGCCCCCCACCCAUGGUGCUGAAAGCACCGAAGAUCCCUGCACCCAUCGCCCCCGUCGAGCCAGCACCGGAGGACAACAGCAACCUUCUCACCGUACACGCCGCGUCGAACUCCGCACCCAACACUGCGUCCCCCGCCUCGGCGCGCAGAAACAACUACCAUGCUACGCUCUCGAACACGCUCGCAAACUUGGAUAUGAACGCGGAGACGAAGCUCGAUCUGCGGAACGAGGACCUACGCGACAUACGCGAGUUGGGACAGGGCAACGGCGGUAGCGUGAAGAAGGUCGAGCACAUGCCGACCGGUAUCAUCAUGGCGAAGAAGAAUGUCCUCAUUGAUGCGAAGCCCGCCGUGCGGAAACAAAUAUUGCGCGAGCUCCAAAUCAUGCACGACUGUCACUCCAAGUACAUCAUUUCCUUUUGGGGGGCUUUCCUCGCCGAUCCAAACAUCUGUAUCUGUAUGGAAUGCAUGGACAAGGGCUCCCUCGAUGGCAUCUACAAGAAGAUAGGGCCCAUCGACAUGGAGGUCGUGGGGAAGGUUGCGUUGGCCGUGUUGGAGGGCUUGACAUACCUCUAUGAUGUGCAUCGAAUCAUUCACCGUGAUAUCAAGCCCUCCAACAUCCUGUUCAACUCGAAGGGCGAGAUCAAGAUUUGCGAUUUUGGUGUGUCUGGCGAGCUCAUCAACUCCAUCGCGGACACAUUCGUCGGGACGUCGACGUACAUGUCGCCCGAGCGGAUACAAGGCGCGCAGUACACCGUCAAAUCUGAUGUCUGGUCUCUCGGCAUUUCCCUCAUCGAGCUCGCGCUCGGCCGCUUCCCCUUCUCCAGCAGCACCGACGACUCGGACGACUCGGACCUCUCCGACCUGGAGGGCACACUCCAACCAGAGCGUCCCGGAUCGUACAUGCAAGGCCUUCCGCCCCCACGGUCGCGCGCGCAGAAGAAGACGUCGAAGGCCGACAAGCGCAAGAGCAAGGGCGUCAGCUUGCAGGGCGGCGGGAUGACGAUGAGCAUCCUAGAGCUUCUGCAGCAUAUCGUGAAUGAGCCGGCGCCGAAGCUGACGCCCGAGGGACGCUACCCGCUCGCCGAGGACUUCAUCGACGGCUGCUUGUUGAAGGACCCAGACCAGCGCCGCACGCCAAAGGAUCUGUUGAGACAUAUUUGGAUCCAGCAGGCUCGCGUGUCUGACUUCGACCUCGAGGCUUGGGCCACCACGUUCUAACAGCGCGGCGGCUCAACCUAGUGUGAGGUUUGAAGUCAUCGUGGACACUGUUUACAGUCGUCAUGGACGCUCUUCAUGAUAUACCAUCCGGCUGGCCGGGAGCGACUGGAGGAUACCCCAGAGCAACUGCGCGGGGGCGGGGACGAGCAAGUGGAUGACGCCCGAGACGGCAAACGCGGAUGAAGGCUUUCGACACUAGAAAUGUAUCGCUCUGUUAGCCGUUGGCCUGUUGUAUCGAUCCUUGUACGUGGCGCGUUCACUGCAAAUGUAACUUUAAGGGAUGGAAAACAAUGGAUGGUCACAUCGACGAUGCUUCAUCCGACUUCCUGC